AGUAAGUUAUAAGCCUUGCAAUUUUGACGCUCAACUCAUUGAAGCUGUUUUUGCGUAGCAACAUCUGUUCCCCUCCAUCGAAACCAAGUUUUUUCUGUCCACGGUACUGGUAGAGAUUAAGGUUACCUUGAAGAGGGGACUCUUCUUUGUUGAGUGCCAAUAUCAUGGCAUCUUCUAAGAAUGAGGAAAGUGGUGCUCAGGAUGCAGCAGAAAGGAUUAAGGUUGCAGCCUUGUCAGCUGCAAAGGGUUUGAGCCGUGCUCAGGCUGAGCGCGCCGCCACUGCUGCUGCUAGAAAUGUCAAUGCAUAUGGCCAGAAGGAAGAAGGACCCAGUCGAUGGCAGGAAAGAAAAGAAGCAAAGAGGCAGAUGUAUUUGAUGACUACUGAGAAACAGGUGAGAUUGGGUGAAAGGAAAGACCUCAAGGCUUCAGGUUCCACCGUUGCUGCAGCUUCUCAAUGUCAGAAAUGUUUCCAGUCAGGGCACUGGACUUAUGAGUGCAAGAAUGAGAGGGUUUACAUAUCACGACCAUCUCGGACACAGCAGCUGAAAAAUCCAAAACUGAGGAUGAAAGUAUCAAUAUCUUAUGAUCUAGAAAACCCAGAUAUUGAGAAGGAGAGGAAGAGUGAAAAAUCUGUGAAGAAGAGUAAGAGGAAGCAUAAGUCAGAUACAGAGUCCGGGAGUGAUAGUGAGGCUUCAGUGUUUGAAUCUGACAGUGAGGCGUCAUCAGUGACAAGGUCCGAUGAUUCUUCUGGGGAAAGUGAAUCAAGUUAUAGUUCUUCAACUGAUUCAGAGGAAGAGAGGAGGAGGAAGAGGAAGAAGAAGAAGCAGCAGAAGAAGAGAAGACACCGGAAAUACAGCUCAACCUCUGAGUCUUCUGAUUCAUAUUCAGAUUCUGGGUCUGAUUCUGAAGAGCGAACUAGCCGUAAGAAGAGCAGCAGGAGGCAUACCAGAAAGCGGUGAAGCAUUGAACAAUAUGAGUAAUCAGAUGUCUGGUAUCUGGUUCUUUAACCUUGAAAAUAUUGAUAUUUCUGUUCUCAUGUGAUAAAAGAACUAGGAUUUGCUGUUUCAAACGAAUAUGAUUUUACUGUAAGCUUAUCUUGUGGAUGUAGAAUUCAGCGUGGCAAGAGUUGUCUCUUGUAUUUUCUUUUUUCCAUGUUGCUGGCUUACUCAUUUCCCAGCUCGUAUUUGACUGUUUUUCUUGUCUCUUGCCUGCUUGAUAUUGUCCUACUUAUUUAACUUUCGCAGAGUUGUCCUUUU